UCUCUCCCGCCGGAUAGGGAGACCUGGCGGCGCUCUGCUCGAGAACUCGUAUCUCAGCCUCCGAGCUCCUCCGGAGAAAGCCAAGUGCCACCAGGUGAAGCCGGUGUCCCAGAACAGUCCCGGAACCUCUGCCGCCAGAUUGCACCUUUUGAGAACCGCGACCGCCGAGCGUUUUCCAGCGCCUGCAACGCAAGGCGCGCGGGGACAGUUGGGUCCACUACGUGGGAAGGGGCGACUAGGACACUGAUGAUGGAUGCACAGACCUGGCGCGCGGGAUGUUGCUGUCUCCUCCUUCUGGCUCUCGUUGGGUCUACUCGGAGCGAGGGCGUGCAGAGCUGCGAAGAAGUUAGGAAACUUUUCCAGUGGCGCCUGGUGGGAGCUGUCAAGGGGCUGCCGGAUUCGCCGCGGGCAGGACCUGAUCUACAGGUUUGCAUAUCCAAAAAACCUACCUGUUGCACCAGGAAGAUGGAGGAGAGAUACCAGACUGCAGCUCGCCAAGAUAUGCAGGAAGUUCUUCAAUCAUCCAGCUCCACAUUAAAGUUUCUAAUAUCACGAAAUGCUGCUGCUUUUCAAGAAACCCUCGAAAAUCUCAUCAGACAAGCAGAGAAUUACACCAGUAUCUUCUUCUGCAACAGCUACAGAAAUAUGGCCUUAGAGGCUACAGCUUCAGUUCAGGAGUUCUUCACUGAUGUGGGGCUCUAUUUGUUUGGCGCAGAUGUUCAUCCUGAAGAAUUUGUAAACAGAUUCUUUGACGGUCUUUUCCCUCUGGUCUACAAUCACCUCAUUAGCCCUGGUGUGACGGACAGUUCCCUGGAAUACUCAGAAUGUAUCCGGAUGGCUCGCCGGGAUGUUAGUCCCUUUGGUAAUAUUCCCCAAAGAGUGAUGGGGCAGAUGGGGAGAUCGCUGCUGCCUAGCCGCACAUUUCUGCAGGCACUGAAUCUGGGCAUUGAAGUCAUCAAUACCACAGACCAUUUACACUUCUCCAGAGAGUGCAGCAGAGCCGUCCUGAGGAUGCAGUACUGCCCUCACUGCCAGGGCCUGACUCUCAGCAAGCCUUGCAUGGGGUACUGCCUCAACGUCAUGAGAGGCUGCUUGGCACACAUGGCAGAGCUGAAUCCACACUGGCAUGCCUAUAUCCGGUCAUUGGGAGAGCUGUCAGAUGCCAUGCAUGGAACAUAUGACAUUGAACAUGUGCUCCUGAACUUCCACUUGCUUGUUAAUGAUGCCGUGAUGCAGGCUCACCUCGAUGCACAAAAGUUAUCGGAGCAGAUCAGUAAGAUUUGUGGCCGUCCAAUCAGAACACCUACACAAAGCCCCCGUUGUUCUUUUGAGGGAAGCAAAGAGAAGCAUGGGAUGAAGAUCUCUCCAAGAAAUGGUGAAGAGACACUUGCCAACAGAAGAAAGGAAUUUAUCAACAGCCUUAGACUGUACAGGACGUUCUAUGGAGGCCUGGCUGAUGAGCUCUGCGUUAAUGAAUUAGCUGCUGCCAAUGGACUACCAUGCUGGGACGGGGAGCAUAUAGUAAAAAGCUAUACUCAGCGUGUGGUUGGAAAUGGAAUCAAAGCCCAAUCUGGAAAUCCCGAAGUCAAAGUCAGAGGAACUGAUCCUGUGAUAAAUCAAAUUAUUGAUAAACUAAAGCACGUUAUUCAGUUGUUGCAGGGUAGGUCACCCAAGCCCAACAAGUGGGAACUGCAGAUGGGCAGUGGCGGUGGCAUGGCUGAACAGGUCAGCGGGGAGUGUGAUGAUGAAGACGGUUGUGGGGGAUCGGGAAGUGGAGAAGUCAAGAGGACGCUGAAAAUCACGGACUAUACUUUACCAGGUUUGCAUCAGAGUCGAAUUGCAAAGAAAUUGGUUAAAUAUAUGGUUAGUGAUAGUGGAAACUGCUCAGAUUUAACUCUUAGGAAUUUGUUCUCCCAAAAAAACUCUCACCGGUCAUUCGCCUUGUUGCGGUUGUAUCAGUUUGAAAACUGUUUCCGGUAUAUGCAGAUGUUCAGGUGGGCAAGACGACCAAAGUUAUCAACUGAGAAAGAAGGAUGA